AUGGCAUCCUGACGAGCUACCAGGAGCUGGUGGAGGAUCGCUUCAGGAAACCUCACGCUUUCGCCGUUCCCGGCCAGUCCUACCAGUCCCAGCCGCGCCACCACGACACGCACUUCGGUCGCGUGACUCCUGUUUCACCGGUGCAGCACCAGGCAGCCCCUGUCAGCAGCACCACCAAGCAGGAAGGCUUUGCUGUCCCCGCUCCUCUGGACAACAAAGGAACCGGUUCCUCUCUCAACAACAGCCUGAGGUGCCGCAGCGUGAGCCCUGCGGUCCAUCGCCAGCGUAAUCUCAGCGGAAGCACUGUUUACCCUGUUUCCAAUAUACCACGCUCUAAUCUGACACCCUUUGGAAGUCCAGUAACCCCUGAAGUUCACAAUGUAUUUGCUAAUAUCCAUGCAGACACCAGUGCCAAUAACAUAGCGCAGAGAAGCCAGUCGGUCCCGUUGACUGUGAUGAUGCAGACGGCCUUCCCGUCUCUUCAGAAACAAACAAACACUAAAAAAAUAACCAACGUGUUGUUAAACAAACUCGAUUCUGAUAGCGAUGAUGCAGUGAGAGGUUUGGGAAUGAACAACAUGCCCUCAAAUUACACAGCCAGGAUGAAUCUCACUCAGAUUUUGGAGACAUCCGCCGCUUUUCCUAGUGCCAACCCACAAAGUAUGAUCAAUUCCAGCACUUCAGUUUAUGAAUUCCAAACACCAAAUUACCUCACGAAAAACAGCAGCACCGAUCAGAUCAGUUUUUCUUCUGGAGAUAACCAAGCACAAUCAGACAUCGGAGAGCAGCAAUUAGAUUUUAGCAGCACUGUAAAAGACCUUUUAGGGGAGGACAGUCUGCCAACAAACCAGCAGCUGGUGAAUCAGGUGGCAUCGGAUCUCAAUAACGCUGCAUCUGUCUUUUCCAGCGACAUCAGGUUGUCUUCCGAGCUCUCAGGCAGCAUUAACGAUCUGAACACUUUAGACACAAAUCUACUGUUUGAUCCAGGUCGUCAGCAGGGACAAGACGAUGAUGCUACACUGGAGGAAUUAAAAAAUGACCCCUUGUUUCAACAAAUCUGCAAUGAAUCCAUUAACUCAAUGACUGCAUCAGGUUUUGAGUGGAUGGAGAGUAAGGAUCAUCCUGCUGUUGAAAUGUUGGGUUAAUCAUGUUUUAUAAUAUGUAUGUAGCACACUGUAUCUAAAAGACAGACGUAUUGUAUUUGUCUUAAUGGAAGUGCCUCCUGCAGCAGAAACACUUGCUAUGUAUUGUGGCAUUUUUAAAAAAAGUUUGCUGUACCUGUUGCUCAUUCUUCAGCAGGGAAAAGGCAGUCUUACCAAUUUUAAACAAAUCUCUGAAGGUGAUGGGCUAUCAAAGAGCCAGUACUAAAAUUUGAAUUUUAUAGUGUUUCCCAUUCAACAUUUCUUAUUGUAGCAAAUAAGGAGGUGGUUAAUGACCAGCCAGCAGUGGCAGCUGUGGCUGAGGCUUUGGGGGGAUCCAAGUCCUGCUCCAUAGUAGGCUUUCCAUACCUUGUACUGCUCGUUACUUCUUAGUAGAUGAUCCUUACUGACCUUUGUUGUCCAGGUUGGAAUGCAGGUGCCUGCACAGAG